AAACAAAAAACAAAAAAACAAAGAAAUUAUUUUUAAAAAAUUGUGAUUGAAACUUCUACUCUGAUGCAAGCUUUGCACAUUCAGGUUUCCAAAAUGAAUAAUGUUAGUGAAUGGCUCUCGUUAGAGAUGUGGUCAAGAGAAUAGUAUUUUCAAAUCCAAUUUCAGUUAUGCAAAUACAAGCUUAGAUAACUAUGUUGAUAUUGAAAUUAAAGACAAUUUCCUGACCUUUUCCGUCGGCCAAGGGACAACCGUGGUGCAUCAGCGCCGAAGUUUCGGUAGAGCAUAACUUUGCUGUUAAUCAUUAUCAGAAGAAGAAGAAACAAAACUGAUGUGAGCUUGGGACUAAAAUAUAUUCAUCUUCCCGCUGUACUUGAAAAUGAAAUGGAAACUCCAAAAAACAAUUAGACAAAAUUGUGUGAAGGCUGGCUCUCCAAGGGGAACCAUUGAAAUCAACAACCAAAGCGUUGACAUCAUAUUUUAUUUUGGAUUUGUGAUCCCUCAUGAUCUUUAUCCAUAGCUGACUUGUAUAAGGUGGUGCAAUUACUAAUUUGCCUUGUAUAUAACGGCAGUUUUUUCCUGAAGUUUCCGUUGCAAACAAGGAGCAAGUAGCUGACUAUGGUAUGCUAUAAAAGUCCAUUGCCGUAAGUUCGUUCAAUUCCUGUUUUGUACAACCAUGGCAUGCACUUCAUUAUCAAUUCCUACCUCUCCGGCUAACUCAACCAAAAGAACAAACCCCAUCUUCAAAGACCACGUUCCCAUCCGCAGGUCUUGUUCAGAUCAUAACCAUCUUUGUUCUUACACCAAUCGUAUUCGUGCCGCAUCAUCAACACAACCAAACAACAGCCGUUCCAUAGGAAUUUUCCCUUUUAAAAUUUCAAGUUCCCUUGUCCCAAAUUGUCUUGGCUCAUUUUUGUUUGGUCCGUAUAAGCCUAUGGACGUGGUGGAAAAGAACAUGAACAUGAAUAUGGUGGAGAAGUCUGGGGAGAGUACUGGUAAUGAAGGAGAGGAGAUAAAGAGAGCUAAUUGGAUGGAGUGGCUUGUGGAACUCAGAAGUAAGUGGAGCAAUAUAUGGCAGCAAAAACAGGUUGAGGAUGAGGAGGAAGACAACAAUAAUGGAGAGGAGGGUUGCUGUGCAGAGGGUUGUAGUUUAGAAGAAAAGAAUGGAGAAAAGGGAUACAAAUCAUAUGAUCCUGAAUCUUUCUCAAGAUUUUUGGUUAGAGUUCCAUGGUCUGAAACCAAGCUAUUUUCUAAACUAGCUUUCUUGUGCAACAUGGUUUAUGUGAUACCAGAGAUCAAGGGUGAGGUUUUGCAGAGAUAUUAUGACCUACAAUUUGUAACAUCUUCAUUCGAAAAGAAAGCCGAGGCAGCUGCUUACAUGGAAGCUUCAACAAUGACAGUAGUGGUAGCAGCAAACGAAAGUGAAAAACAUGAGACAACGAAGGACUUUCGAGCAAGCCAGCAUUCCUCACCAUGUGAAUGGCUUGUUUGUGAUGACUCUAGUACUUUUACUCGCUGCUUUGUGGUUCAGGGACUAGACUCCCAUGCAUCUUGGCAGGCAUACCUCUUAUUCGAACCGACUAAAUUUGAGGGGACAAAUGUACUUGUUCACAGAGGAAUCUAUGAAGCAGCAGAGGCAAUGUACGAGCAAUUCAUGCCAGAAAUUUUAGACCACUUAGAAAGAAAGGGGGAGCAAGCGAAGUUUCAAUUUACCGGCCAUUGCAUUGGAGGAAGCAUUGCUCUUCUAGUCCACUUGAUGCUACUAACUAGGAACCUUGUCAAGCCCUCCACUCUUCGGCCAGUUGUCACGUUCGGCUCACCAUUUGUGUUCUGCAAAGGGCACAAAAUAUUUGAGCAGCUGAGUUUGGAUGAGAGUGAUCACAUCCAUUGUGUGAUGAUGCACAGAGAUAUUGUCCCUAGAGCGUUCUCUUCCAACUACAAUAACCAAGUGAUUACACUCCUAAGGCGUUUAAAUGGUUCAUUUCAAACACACCCUUGUCUAAUUAAAAGUGUAAGUACCAUCCCUAAAAUUCAUAAAACAUCCAAAAAAACACUUAUAUUGGUUAAUUUGGAUUUAAAACAUGAGCUGUCACUGCUUCUAAUGUCUUUUUUUCUUGUGCAGAAACGUUUGUACUCGCCAAUGGGCAAUCUAUUCAUUCUCCAACCUGAUGAAAAGUCAUCUCCUCCACACCCUCUGCUCCCUCCGGGGAGUGCCCUCUAUGUUUUGAACAAAACACAGUGUGGGUCCUCUUCAGGUGUCUUGAUGGCCUUCUUGAAUUCCCCACAUCCACUAGAAACCUUUAGUGACCCUGCAGCUUAUGGUUCAGAAGGUACAAUCUUACGGGACCAUGACUCUUGCAACUAUCUAAAGGCUAUGAAUAUGGUUCUAAGGCAACACACAAGGAUGGUUGUGAGGAAAGUGAGGAAGCAAAGGAAUCUCUUGUGGCCGAUCCUUACUUCACCAUCUCCACACUCAUGGAAUGAUGAAGAUAAAAGUGACCUGUAGAGAACCAAAUUGGUAACACGGGAAUGAUACUGAUAGGAACUUAAUUGUUUUUUUUCUCUUUCGAUUUCUGACGUAUAAAUGUAGAGGAUGUUCUUAAGAAAUUUAUGACUCGCUGAUUCUCUCCGUUUUAAACAACCACCAAAUCCGGUUCAUGAGAUAUUAUUAAUAUAUAGAUUCUAAUCUAUUCACAUUA